CAGAAGAGAGUUGGCCGACAGAAAAUGGCUUUUCUUUAACUGGGUUUAUUUACUAAAGUUUAGCACCGCCCUGGCGGCGGAGUCACGGUGGAGCUGACGUCGGCGAAAUGAAAUCAGCCGCUUUCCUUUCUCCUCACAGAAUGAAGUCGUCGUGGAGGUGAUUCGGACUAAACUUUUUGAUGCUCAUGGAUAUGACUUCAAUCUCAUUUUUCUGACUAAAGCUGUUACAAGAAAGCCUUUAUUUGUGGCCACUCAACGCACAGCGACCCCGCAUGGAGGAUGAGGAGGAUGAUGUGUUUGAGCCAGAUCUGCACUGCUGGCACACCACAUUCAGGCAGAUAAAGUGUGAAGACCGGGCCACGCAGACCCCUGGCCCUGCCCUGGCCCCCAACAAAGGCAUGCUUCCCUGUGGAGUGGCAGAGGAGCCUAGACCACUCUUUUACGGCAACGCAGGUUUUCGAUUGCACUUCCCAGCACAUUUUGAACUUGGUGAAGAUCAGGAGGCAAGUGAAUCACUACAAGAGGGAGAGAUGCAGAACGGGAGGGAGCCACUCCCCAGGCACCCUGUGGCAGUACGCAGCAUGGAGGCCUGCAUCGGCCACAAACUGCAGCUCAUAGGAGACCAGUUCCACCGGGAUCACUUACAACGGUAUCACCAAAAUCAAAGGAACCAGGGCCCAGUGUGGUGGCGUUUGGCUGCAGCUUUGCUCAGUCUCCUAUUCAACCGCAGAGGACGAGCCGCAGCGGGACAGAGGUGAGACAGCCCCCUCCCCUCUGUCCCAUAUGAGGAACUGGACUCCUAAUGGCACUGUUUUAUCCAACACGGGUCUGUUUUGGAGAGGAAACAAAAAAGAAGGUCACCGCGGGACGGAGACAACCAAUUUUUAUACUUUUUUGUCUUUCCAAGGCGAUGCCAUGAUGUUCUGAGAUUUCCCCAAAAGAACAAUGUCAAUAUUUUGGUAUACAUGUUGUGUAGAAGUUUUGUAUAGUACUGAAUGAUCUUUUUGCACUUCAACACGUAUCCUCCGCAGACCCUGGGAAUGCCUUAUAAUUCAAAUGUCUUCUGCCAGAAAGAGUAUUGAGCAAAAAUCAAGAAGAAGGUUUUCGGUUGUGAAGUUGUCCGGGUAACCAGUCGAGUUGAUAUACUCACUUUUCCAAAGACUCCGAACAAAGCAUUUUGCACCUCAACCAUUCAUCUGUUCAUUUUUAUGUUGUUAAUUUUGUAAAAUUUCUUUAUUUUAACAUUUUCUUGGUAUUGUUAACAUUCAAAAACACUGGGAGCAGAGAGACGUGUAUUAUGCCUUUAAAAAAAGUCAACAUGCCAUAUAAAUACAUGGACAUUGGCCUUCCACUUAGUCAUGUGCUGGAGUAUCGGGGUGGAGUUAGCGUUAGCAUCACUUACUGGUUAAACAAGCCUGGUAAGUGCAGCUGUACAGUCAAGUGGCAAAUAUUGUCAGUGUUACAAAUUCUCAUCAGCAAACAGCCUUUUCUGCAAAUCGAUUGGGCACACAAUUUUUUUUGACUGAAACUAGAAGCACAAGCAAGCUUUUCACAAAAUUGUUUUAGGCAAAAUUUGGAAAAAUGUUAGCAUUUUGGAUUGGACCAGUGUAGGCUGUAUUGUCUCUGUGUUUUUUACGAUUGUUCUCAGACUUUCAUGCCCUUUGAGUGGAGCACUGGAUCCACUGUUUUUGCACUAUACUACUACACAUCCUUCAAAACAGAUUGUUACCCAGCGUACCUCUGUCACUAUGAAGGUAGCAGUUAAGUCUUAUAUCUUUUUAACACAUUUCAGAGCCUCAAUAUUUCUGGAAAUGUCUGAACACCAAACGGAUAGCAACAUGUGAACUUCCCUCAGGCUACUAUUUUGUAACCACCAAGUUUAUAUUAUAAUAAUUUGGGAUUUGUUUUGUCUAUGGUGCUCAGAUCAGAUUUGGGUAUCACAAUCACCAUUGAUUAUUAUAUUAAUGUUAAGGACACUGUUGAAGAUACUGUAUGUUUUAUCAUUGACCAGCCAACUUGUGGACCCAUGGAGCAAAACAUAUCAGGGCUCUUCAAAUGCUCCAGUAUAGUGUCAUGGUUAUCACUGCGAUAUAAGGAUUUUUUCCUCUUGAUAGAUUUGCUAUCUCAGGGACAGAUUUUGCAGCUACUGAGAAUCCUUGAGAAUCAUUCACUGUUUGCAUGCAAGCAGAGACAUUUAUGCCUUAAAGGGGCUCUACCUGAUUAUUACUGUCUAGAAACAAAAAAAAAAACAAAAAAACAGAACUAGUUCAUUUUAAACUGGUUGCAGCAGACCAAACUUAUUCCUCGUAUCCUAAUUAUUCACCACAUUGAGUUUAUAAGCAGGUUUCACAACUUUCAGAGGCUAGAGUUUUGGUUUUGCCGUCACGCAACUGCUAACAAGAACUAACAUGCUAACAGCACACCAGCAUUUUUUCCUGGUUUUCAGACAAUAAAAAUGAUUUAUAAUUAGAUGCAAAAAGCACAAAGUGGUCUCAGCUGGACCCUAUGAGCUGCUUAUAUCAACUGUACAAAAUGUAUACAUGGCAAAAAGUACACAACCCCUUUAAUGAAAUGUAUGUAAAUAUUCGAUUCAAAUUAUGUCAAACUUUGAUCAUUACUGUCUAAAUUCAGAUAUUUCCAAGUGGUCAUGAUUGAAUUGAUUUCCCAUGAUUGGCAUUCAACAACUUUAGGCCUGACCAUAGCGCCAUUACUCACAUUUCUCUCUGCUUGUAAGCCUAUAGUGAUUGAGGAGGAAGAGCAGCAGUUGUUCCCAGUUGAUAUUGAGAGGGAGGGGAGGAGGAGGAGGGCUGCGGUGGGCUGGGGGGCUCUGGAGCUUGUGGAGGAGAGGGGGUGAGGUGCACUGAAUGAUACGGUUGUGGUUAAUGUUUCCUGCAGAUCCUGAACGCUGAGCCAGUCCAGGAAGCCCCUCCCCUCACCAAGUCUCCUCUCCACUUCUUCUGAGAUCAUUCUUUAUGGUGGAUUACUUUUUCCUCUUAUCUAACUUAUUUUGGUAUAUUUAUUUUGUAUAUCGGCCUGUUUCUUUCUACUGUAUACGUGUGUGCAAUUCUUAUGUCUGUUGGUCUUAGCUGGUUGCCAGCGUUGUGCCUGAAACCCUCUGGCCCUCUCCUCUCUGUCUUACUCAUAUCCUGCCGACAGUUUAACCCCACAACAAACAGUAACAAUAACAAAGAGUGCAUUUUAUCUUUUUGUGACGCCAAAUUGUUCUACCUCUGACUGAGCUUCACAGCUUUGAACGAGAGCAAUAGAGUGCCAUGGACACAGUGGUUAUUGGGCGUUAGCAGACAGUAGUGGGAGUCCGCUUCCAAGUUUGUAUGAUACUUGAAAACCAUUAGAACCACCACAGUUGAGACCUUUGGGCUUCAUGGUGACUGUAUAUGCAGGAGUUUUUACUUUUUGACCCAACCAAUGCAAACAUUUAGUUUGUGGUUUAGGAAAGCAGUAGUUUUGAUGCAGUUUCAUGCAAUCUUGCCUUUUUAAAGAAACACAAGUUGUACUGGGGACAUGAUGAUGACCGUUAAACCAUGAAAGGUUGCCUUCAGAGACUUUAAAUGUUGAAUCCUAUGGUGUUAUUUGAGUUUGAACCUUGUGUUGUAAUCAACAUGCACUGGAAAGUAUGGUUUGUAGAUCCCAUGGGUCCAUAUGUGUUGUGUUAAUGUAUAGUAUAUACUCUGGGUUGUUUUCUUUAGGCUCUGUGCCACAUGUCAGUAUAUAUUGUGCAUUGACCUGAGAGACUGGGCCUGUUGGAUUGAUUUAAAGGGAACACACCACAUGGUGCUCUGUGUAUUCUGUAGUAAAGUUCCCAUACUGCCCUAAGAGCAGCCAUCCCUGAGUGGGACAUGUAUUUAUGGAAACCGUCAGUGUCUUGAAUUUUGUAGUCCACUUUAUAUACAUUUUAAGGAAGGUUUUGGAUUUGAAUUUUUAAACAAUAACAUUUCUUCUUCAUGGUCUUUCUUAACGUUUUAACAUGUAUUUUCAUAAAAUUCUCUGUUUUUUUAGACAGUUCGAACUUGUACAAAGUCCGUGUGACCAAGGGCAUUGAGUAUAGUAACUCAGCACACAUUCCCUGCACAUCUCCAUGUGGUUUUAACCCUUUACUGUUGUGGUCACAAUGAAUCAUUGAAACAGUGAACACGGGAAUAUGCCUUUAACUGCUCAGUUCUACAGUCUUGAUUAUCACACACUCUCUGUAUACCAAGAAAUGAGACCCAGCGAACAUGUAGCAUUUUUGUAAACAUUGACUGUGUGUUUUCGAGACUCUACUGUGCACUCAUUUUUGUGUUUUUAUAUAUUUUUGGUUGUUAAUAUUAUAUGGAAGACAAUUUGUAAUGUAGUGCAAUAUGCUGUACAUAUGGAGCUUUGCUCUACAAAUCUUUUUCAGGAUUUCUUGUUGUUUAUUGGUACUUUUUUCAAUAAAACUUUAUUGAAGGUG